ACAAAGUCGCUUAUAUACGUAGUGGCGGGUAGUUUAUUUCUAGAAUGCAGUAGUGUAAAACGUUUUAAUUAUUUAUGUAAAAUUAUAUAAUUAAAUACCUACUUAUGCUUAUUUGUUGAGGCAAGUCGUUAUGUUUUGACCAGACCAGGUUUCUUGUUUUGUGUAAAGAUCUGGCAACAGUGUUCUGUAUUCACGUCUGCUUCACCACACUACGGUCUGCACGGGAAAAAAGGUGUGAGGAUGGUGCUGAGUUGAAUAAAGGUAGUGGCAAAUGGACUUCCUCACUCUGUUUGGUAUAUAUGUGGCAGUGGUGCUCACCUGCAUCGCUCUGGUUUGUAAGUAUUCAGGACAUCAGCAGACUCUUCUCUGUCUGCUUUUGGACAAGUUCACAGGGAUCGUCUCGCCAUGGAUCCCACAAUGUAUCCAAAGCUUUUGCUACAGAUCUAUGCACAGGCUGUUCCAUCAAAGGAACAACUUCUUCCUUUUCUUGCACCUGUUACUUGAAGUGGUUGUGUAUGGAGAAUUCUCCUAUGAAGCCUUUGGCUUCUGUUUGGACAUGGGCACAAGUUCAAUCAGUUUGAGCAUUCCUUAUGUCCUCCUUGCAGUGAAGUCUUAUCUCUUCUACCUGUGUUGUAGCAGAGACCCAGGCACAUUGACAAAGGCAAACCAUACUGCACAACUGAAGGUCUACCAGUAUGAUGAAAAACUGUUCCAGCAGGGAGUCCGGUGUUCAACCUGUCAGCUGCUCAAACCUGCCCGAUCCAAACACUGUCGGGUUUGCAAUCGAUGUGUGCAGAGAUUCGACCAUCAUUGUGUGUGGGUGAAUAACUGCAUUGGUGCCCAGAACACCAGAUACUUCCUGCUGUACCUCCUGAGUGUGUGUGCCAUGGCAGGUGAUAUCGCAGUCCUUACAGCAGACAUGUUGCUCCAAGCUGUUCUACGAACUGGACUCCUGCAUGCUCACUACAUUGAUGAGCAGGGUGAGCAACAGCCUGCUGGACCGAUAUUUAUCAUCCAGCAUCUCUUUCUGACAUUUCCAAGGAUCGUCUUCAUGCUAGGCUUCUUGGUAUUUGUCUUUUUCCUCUUGGCGGGUUAUUCCAUGUUUCACAUGUAUUUAGCUUUGAUAAAUCAAACCUCCAAUGAGUGGUUUAAAGGAAAAGGUCACAACUGCCAGCAUUGCCAUCCAUACUCUGCACACAACUGCCGGACCUCAUACAAUCCAUUUAGAGGUUUCUAUCACAGGGGAAUCCUCAAAAACCUUGGGGAAAUCUUUUGGCCCCUAUGUCCUGCACAGAAAAAAGAGAACUAGAGAAAGUGUAUUAUUGUUCUUACACCGUGUCUACAACGGAUGUGACUGUUGUCGCUACAGCUUGAGGCUGUCUACA